GAUAUGGGCCACGAGUACCCAAUCCGUCACGAUCUCUGCAACGAUCUCUCAGCAGGUCAUCGUCGUCGUCGUCUCUGUCUCAAGUUGCCUCACAAACCCUAAACCUAACCCUCUGUUCCACCAACGCAUCUCGCUGUUUUCGUCUUUUUCUGAGCUAUAUCCAGUGCCACAAUCAGGUAUUUCGAGCUAUGAAACAGGAAAUGGAGGAUAAUUCAGAUAUGAAGAGUGAUAGAGCCAGAGAUACUGAGGAAUGGGAGGGCGAUGAUAAGAGAAAGCAACGGUCAAGCAAGCCAAGAAAGCCUGGGAAUGGAGAAGAGGCUGAAGGAUUAGAUGGCCUUGGAAGAAGGAGAAGUACUGGGGAUAGAAAUGAGAGCCGAAAGAGGUCUGGUGGCUCAAGCAGAGUGGAUAGUGACGAAGACGAGUACAGAGCAAGAAAAGAAUCACGUUCAAAGCAGAUGAAGAAGCAACAAGAGGAGAGUACAUUGGAGAAAUUGAGCAAUUGGUAUCAGGAUGGAGCACAAGAGAAUAAGCAUGAUGGGGGAGAGAGGUCUGCAAGUCGAGGACAUGGUCAAGCCGAUGAAAGUGAUAAAAGGAAAUCUACCUCAAAGUUCUCAGAUCAUGACUCAUCCCAGAGCAGAAUUAAAGGCAAAGAUGAUAGAUCACAUGAGAGGGAGCUUGAAAAGACACUGAACAAAGAUUCCAGAUAUUCGGAAAGGAGGGAAACCAAUCAAGAAAAGGAUCAUGGAUCUUCUGAGAAGGGGAGAAUCCUACGGAAAAGAUGGGAUGAAUCGGAUGAUGUCAAGAAAGUUGAAGAGAGUAACUAUGUGGAAAAAUCUGAUCUGAAAAGUGUGAAGUCUUCUGAUCCUAAGCGUGAGAGUGCUCGAGAGAGAAGUGUGUCUGCAACAAUCGAACUGAGUGACAACAAAAGCAGAGGUUUAGAUUCGAAUAAUGACAAGGGUACAAAAUCCUACGAUAGGGAAGAGAGAAGAAUUGAUUCUGAAAGGAGUAAGAGCAAAGUCAGGUCAGAGGCUCCAGAAGAAGACAAUAGGGGAAGUUCUUUGACUCGUGAAGAAAAGUCAGUUAAGGAGAGAAUUGAGAAGCACAGACAGCAGAGAAAUUCCACUAGUCAGGAUGUCGUCGAAAGUCGUGAGAGGCCUUUUACAGCAGAUGAGGAAGGAGCAUUGAUGAGAGACAAAAGUAGAAGAGAAGUAGACCACUGUAACAGGUCAAAGACCCCAGAGAGGAGUGGAAGGCGACAUCAUGAAUCAGAAAACUCUGAGAUGGAUUAUGAAAGAAGCAUUGCACUUAAGCAAAAGGAAUUAGAGAAGGAUGGAUGCAAGGAUGACAGAUCAAAAGUAAGAGAUAAUAGCUGGAGUGACAGAAAGAGGGACCAAGAAGGUUCCAAAGAUAAUUGGAGAAGAAGGCAACCCAGUGGCAAUGAGAAAGAGACAAAAGAUGGGGAUAUGGCUUACGAGCAUGGAAGAGAAUGGGAGUUUCAGAGACAUGGUUUUGAUAGGAAUGACAAUGAAAGGCCUCAAGGUCGUUCUGGAGGUAGGAAAGAUGCAACCAGAACUGAAGCUGUUAAAACCUCAUCAAAUUAUGGAAUCUCAAAUGAGAAUUAUGAUGUGAUAGAGAUCCAAACCAAGCCUUUUGAUUAUGGAAGAGAGGAGUCCAGAUCCACCUUUGUUAGGAGAACUGAAGCUGCUCAGCAAUCUGAUAUAAAAUCGGCUCCAAAUGAUGAGUGGACAUAUCUGCGGGAGGACAGGGCAAGAAAGAUUGAUACAUUCGGGUCUGGGAAAUCCGGUGAUGAUUCAAAGGAUAGAUUUGUGGAUGAUGGUCCUUCCAUGCGAGAUCAGAAUUCAUGGAGAGAUGACAAUGACUUUCAGGCAGGGAAAAUGAGAGGCCAGAAAGGUCUUAUGUCCUAUCGUACUGCUGGUGGCCAUAGUUCUAGUAGUGGUUCACAGACUCCACAUGGAAACCAGGAACCAGGUUCCUUUAAUAGAGCUGUUCCACAAGGAGCUAAAGGGAAUAGAGUUGGAAGGGGAGGAAGGGGUAGGCCUACUGGGAGAGACAACCAACCGUUUGGAAUCCCAGUGCCCCUCAUGGGAUCACCUUUUGGACCACUUGGAAUGCCUCCACCUGGACCAAUACAACCAUUAACUCCCAGCAUGUCUCCUUCUCCAGGUCCUCCAAUAUCUCCUGGUGUCUUUAUUCCACCAUUUUCACCACCUGUUAUUUGGCCUGGAGCUCGAGGUGUUGAGAUGAAUAUGUUAGCUAUUCCCCCAGGUCUCUCACCCAUUCCUCCUGGACCAUCAGGGCCAAGAUUUUCUCCUAAUAUAGGGAACCCACCAAACCCUAUAUAUUUUAAUCAACAAAGCCCUGGAAGAGGAGAGCCUCAAAAUUUAUCCAACCCUGGUGUUAAUGCUAUAGUACCAAUCGGACGAGGACAACCACAGGAUAAAGCUUCUGGGAAUUGGGUUUCUCCUAGAACUAAUGGACCCCCUGGUAAAGCUCCUUCUAGAGGAGAGCAGAAUGAUUACUCCCAAAAUUUUGUUGACACUGGUAUGCGACCCCAGAAUUUCAUCAGGGAACUAGAGCUCACUACUGUUGUUGAGGACUAUCCCAAGCUUAGGGAGCUUAUACAAAAGAAGGAUGAGAUUGUAGUCAAAUCUGCUUCGCCUCCCAUGUAUUACAAGUGUGACCUCCGUGAGCAUGUACUGUCACCAGAGUUCUUUGGAACUAAGUUUGACGUCAUUCUUGUGGACCCCCCUUGGGAGGAAUAUGUUCAUCGAGCUCCUGGUGUCACUGACCACAUGGAGUACUGGACAUUUGAUGAAAUAAUGAAUCUUAAGAUUGAGGCAAUAGCUGACACACCUUCUUUUAUCUUCCUCUGGGUUGGUGAUGGUGUUGGCUUGGAGCAGGGCCGCCAAUGUCUAAAGAAGUGGGGAUUUCGUAGGUGUGAGGAUAUAUGUUGGGUGAAGACAAACAAAACUAAUGCAACUCCAGGAUUGCGUCAUGAUUUUCAUACUUUGUUUCAGCGCUCAAAGGAACAUUGCUUGAUGGGCAUAAAAGGAACCGUUCGUCGCAGCACGGAUGGUCAUAUAAUCCAUGCCAACAUUGACACUGAUGUGAUUAUAGCUGAGGAGCCUCCUUAUGGUUAG